AUGCGGGGGCCCCCAUACUAUACCCAUGUCGAAGCAAAGCUAUUGCUGUCAGCAGCAGCAGAGUCUCCUGCAUCUGAUGCACACCAGCAGCAGCAGCAGCAGCAGCAGCAGCAGCAGAAAGAGCAGCAGCAGCAGCAGCAGCAGCAGCAGGAGAAAGAGCAGCAGCAGCAGGAGAAAGAGCAGCAGCAGCAGCAGCAGAAAGGGCAGCAACAGAUAUAUUUACAAACAAAGACAGAUGCAAGAGCAACAGAAACAGCUGUAGAUGCAGCAAUAUAUCAACAGCAGCAACAAAAGGAAUAG